ACGGAUGCGCCGAUAUCAGACGACAAUACGCUGAUGCAUUGCUCUCCUCCGAUGCGUUUUCCUCUGGAUGCGACAGAUUGCGGUUGUUUCUCCGACACUCCGACACGACGGCAAGAUUGCACGCUCUCUUCUAUCUGACCCUGUUGUCCUUCUUCCACCCUCAGCUCGAGCGAGCCAUCCUGGAUUCUCGCACGGAAGCGAUGAUGGCGGAUAUAACAGAAGAGGUCGGACUUGUCGCGAGUCACGGUCGGCCUCGUUCGAUAGAUCCAGAGACCGCUACCGAUGGACCAAUCGGCUGGUGCCUCGUCGCAUUGAGCGCGAUUCGGUUGGAAAAUUCGCGGGUUUCGCUCUAUCGUGGGCUCGCAAGUCUGAGAACCAAGCGGACGCCUGACGUGCUGGCUUCCGAAGCGUUCAGAAUGCAGUGUCAACAGAUGUCCGUUGUGGAACCCGUUGCGCCUACGAGAGACGUGACUACGCUGGACAACAAACUAUUCACCGUCUUUGUGUCUUCAAUACUCGACUUGUCUUCAGUACCGCUAUCGCCUCACACGCAUCGCAUGCUUCAGCAAGCCGCGCGGUGGUCGGGAUGGAGUCCUUACUUCGACUUUCUCAAGCUCAUUACGGGCGAAGCCGCCAAGCAGCGAGCGCUCUGUUCUCGUUGCAAUCGAAUGCCUUUGCAUAGUUCUCUCCUCGACACCUCCGAUUGGGAUCAUCUCCCGUCGUUUGCGGACCUCUUCGGCCGUCUACCGCUCUCUUGCGAGAGGUGCCGUCUAGGACUGGCCCAGAACCUCGCCUCGGACAAGGAGUUUCAGGACGCCUGUGCGAACCUGUCGUCACCGUUGAGCAAGCAAUGCAUGUUCGCUCGCCUUUGCGGGCUUUCGUGCAUCACGGCGCUCGUGUAUACCGACGUGGCCUUCCGAGCCGUCUUCCGCGAUCCCGUAUUGCUCUGCCGGCUGCGCGAGCUGCACGAGCGGAUCUCGUCAGCGGAGAGCUCGUACUACAAGGACAUCCUCCUUCCUCCGCUCCGUAGGACGCUGGACUGCUUGACCGACGAACGGGUGCUAUCCAUCCUCAGCGAAACCUCGGGUUCAUCGGCAAGCGCCGACGGAAUAUCGGCAGAAACGUCACUCUUGCGGCAUCUCAAGGACCCCGAUACGCUCCUCCUCGCCGCGUUUCGCAUGCACUUCUACCGGCAUCCUUCACGCGAUAUCAGAUCACCCUCCGCUGCCGCCGCCGCCGCCCCCGCACCCGAGAAAACCGGUAGUAGCUCGUCAUUCCAAACGCUCGAAGUGUUCUUGCAGAAGAACCGCAUGGACCCUCUCGCGUCGACCGUCAUCUGGUCUUUCAUGGACCUUCACUACGGAUACCACGCGGAAUGGAAUAGACCGUGGUUGUAG